AUGGUGAGUCAAACUAAAAAUAGAGAAUCGAUCAGUGAGCAUGAAGCCACGUUGGAACUUCGCAGACUCCAAGACGCUGCCAAGCUUGCAGCUAUAUAUCACAAUGGUGAAGUAAAGUUUCAGAGAAGGACAGAUCUAUCGCAUAUCGUGCAUGCCAGUCUACAUUUUGUUCAAUUCAUAAUUGCAUCGACCAUUGAAAUAUUUCAUCAUAUACAUCACUAUAUAAAUGAAUGCGCGCGAAAAAAGGAUGACACGAUUCCGUCAUUGCCGGAGGAAAGAAAUCCUAUUUUCUUCAUGUAUCCUAUCUGCAUGUUGAUGAGCCUCGUUCUUGUGAUAUUAUGGCUUGUUAAAAAAAUACUACCUGAUAGACCUAUAAUACCUCUUGUAGUAUGUACGGCAUCGGCUAUUAUGAUGCUCGUGACAGGAAUAAUGGAAAUGAAACACGCUGAUAUGUACAUCGAUGUUACUGAAUUUACUGAUGAGGAAAUAUUAGAGCAUCCCAUCUUUAUUCAUAAUUUCAUAAUGUGUAUAUUAUCACUUUUCGUCAUGACUUUGUAUCUGAUUCAAGUGUGGGUUCUCUUUGAUCAGUGGCAAUGGAUUCGAGAAGAACAAGAUACAAUUACAUCAAGUGAUAUACAAAGUUCCUAUUCUAGUACGGAUAGCGAUGUAACUGAAAAUUCCAUAAAUGGAGAAAAGAUCAAUAAAAAUAGUUCCAGACAGCAGAUUGUAGAACUGGCACCAAUUCCCUCCUUGAGAGAUUUGUCUGCCUCCGCUCCGAUCACCGAUAGUACCGAGGUGGCUGGAGAACCAAUCCUAUAUUGUUGUUUUGUCGAUUGGUGUAAUUAUAUUAAAAUAAAAAUGAAAAGUAAACCAAGGCAUGAAUUUCAAAUUAUUCAUGUCAUGUGA